GGAGCGGGCCCGGCUCAGCCUGAUUUACGGCUCUGCUGAAAACCGCUUCGCUCCCGCAGCAUCAGCACCGGCCGCGGCGGCAGCAGCAGGAGCUGCAGCUGCAGCAACAAGUCUGGACUUUGAGAGUAAUGCAACAGAAGGCUUUUGAAGAAAGCAAAUAUCCCUGGCAGGAAUCCUUUGAGAAUGUUGCUGUGUGCCUGCCAUUCCGCUGCCCGAGGUGUGGAGACCACACCAGAUUUAGAAGCUUGUCAUCCUUGAAGGCCCAUCUGGAAUUCAGUCACAGCUAUGAGGAAAGAACCCUCUUGACAAAAUGCAGCCUCUUUACUUCCCUCCAAGACACAGACCUAGUCACGUCCUCAGAACUCUUGAGACAGGGAAAGUUGCAGAGCAGUGGCAAUGUGGUCAAGCAGAGGCCCAGCUAUGUGAACCUGUACAGCAUUUCCCAUGAACAAUCCAAGGACAGAAAGCCAUUUGAGGUGGUGGCAGAGAGACCUGUGUCUUAUGUGCAGACCUACACUGCGCUGGACCUGCGGGCAGACUCUCUGGAUGGACCACGAUCCAGUCCUGGACUUCCCACCUCGGACACCAAAGCUUCUUUUGAGGCGCACGUCCGAGAAAAAUUCAAUCGGAUGGUUGAGGCUGUAGAUAGGACCAUCGAGAAGCGUAUUGAUAAACUCACCAAAGAGUUGGCCCAGAAAACUGCUGAACUCUUGGAAGUUCGGGCUGCUUUUGUGCAACUGACUCAAAAAAAGCAGGAAGUUCAGAAGCGCGAGAGGGCCCUGAACAGGCAGGUGGAUGUGGCGGUGGAGAUGAUCGCUGUGCUGAGGCAGCGUCUGACGGAGUCUGAGGAAGAGCUUCUUCGGAAAGAAGAAGAAGUUGUUACAUUCAACCAUUUCCUGGAAGCAGCAGCUGAGAAGGAAGUUCAAGGGAAAGCUCGACUCCAGGACUUCAUUGAGAAUCUGUUGCAAAGGGUAGAACUGGCAGAAAAACAAUUGGAGUAUUAUCAGAGCCAGCAGGUGUCCGGACCCGCACUCUGUCGUGACAUCAGUGAGCACGUGCUUACGGAUGUCUCCUCAAGUAGGAAAUCCAAAUGCCUAAGCCGAGGACACGCACAUUUUGUGUGUAACCAUUCUGAUCUCAAGACCCAUUUUCACCCAAAGGGAAGGAGCUACCUGAAAAAAGUCAAGGAUGACAGAGCCAGCAUGCAGCCUGCUAAGUCCGUCCAUGAACAGGCCGAGUCUACAAGAGAACUCUGCAGACCACCGAAGAAAGGGGAGCCCUUGGGAUUUAGCCGGAAAGGCAAUAUCAGGCCCAAAAUGGUUAAAAAGAAGCCCACAGCAAUUGUGAACAUCAUCUGA